CUCGGGUCUAGCCCUGAGAUACCUUGUGGGAAAGAAAUCCAGAGGACGAAAGGAAAGGAGAAAUGGCCAGUUCUCAGGGACAGCUGGCCUUCAGGGAUGUGGCCAUAGAACUCUCUCAGGAGGAGUGGGGAUGCCUGACCCACACUCAGCGGCAACUGUACAGGGAUGUGAUGUUGGAGAACUACGGACACCUCUGCUUCUUGGGUCUCAAUGUGUCAAAGCCAGGCCUGAUCACUUUUUUGGAGCAAGAGAAGCAGCUCUGGGAUAUGAAGAGAAAGGAAACCAUAGGCUUCCAUCCAGGGAUUCUCCUUCAGCUCCAGUGAUGGUCUGCCACAUCCACAGGAAGGGCCAGGAGACUCUCCUUGGAGGGGGAAGCCCUCCCCC